GUGUUUUACAAGCGCCUCGCUGUUGUUUUGAGAGCGUAAAAUGUGGAAAUUUAUAAAGUUUUAACAUUUGUUAUUUGCAUUAUUUAGACUCAUACGUGCAUGUUUAUAUUUGAUGCACUGGUAUAGUACUGUAUCGGCUUAACUGAUGAAUAGUAAAGCACAUUACUCCAGUUGAUUUCCACAUUAAACCUACAUCAUGUCUGAUCCCUAAAGAACAGAGUAUGACAGACAAAGCAUCAUUGUGCAAUUGGAAACAAAGCUCCCAUUGUGUGGCAUUCAGAUGAUGGAAGAUUUCUCAGGCCUGGCUUUACCCCCUCUAUUUGGGGGUCACAUUCUGGAAGCUGAGUUGGAGACAGGUGGGGUAGAGCUGGGCCCCAGCGAGAGUGAGCUCCUGGAUAAUGACGGGGCUCCGUCAGCCCCCGGACAAGAUGGGGAGGAAGAGAGGAGAGAACUGGACAAAAGAAAAUAUCAAGCUCUCAGCAAGAAGUGCAAAGAGAUAGAACAGGUGAAUGAGAAGACUUUGGGUCGUCUUUACCAUAUCCAAAGACUGACACGUCGACUGAGGAAAGAAAGGAGGUUCCUUCUGAAGAAUCUGGAUUCAUAUGGAGAUGACUACAGGACAGCACAUCUCACUAUCCCAUUAGAGGAUGAAGGGAAAGCUGGUUUAGAUUGUGUUGUUGGUGGUUAUGAGGACAGUUUCUCCCCUACAUUUCAUCAUCAGUCAGCAGGUGGACCUAAGAAGAGACAUCGGCUUCCAAAGGACAACUACAGAGAUGCACAGGUAUACAGACCGACACACGGACAACUCGUUAAAGUGUCUAGAUUUCAAUAUACACCAAUUGACACUAACUACAUUUCCAUCCAAGGUUUUUUUUUUUACAGGCCAAUUCUAUUAAUUUAUUGUUUAGUCUGCUUUUGAAAAAAUGCCUGCACAAUCCCCUAUAUUAAAAUAAAUAAAUUACCAAACACAAAAAGACCUAUAUAUGCCUUUUCUUUACACAAACUAAAAAAAGUCGGCUGAAUGACAUCCUCAGAAUGUUCUGCGAGUCUAUAAACUAUCAGUCCAAAUAAAACUAUUUGUCCAAUGAGUUCACUUUCAGACAACGAGCUUUUGAACAUUUAAAAAAGUUAAAAUAUUUUAAAUCUAACCCUCUUCACCUCGGAUCGCAAUUACUGCUGCUUCAGAAAAUAUAAAUUUGCAUUUUGAAGCUAAAAUAAAUUUGAGAUGAUAAUCAAGUUCAGUUGGGCGUUAAAAGUUGCUGGAGAAAUAUGCAGGACAUAAUGCAGUUGUGAUGGUGAUGCUUUUGAUUAGAUGAUUGUUCAAAAUAUUGAAUAUCAGGAAUGUUUCUUAUGUAAACCCUGAUAUUACACCGGAUCAAUUUUUUUUAAUAGCUGUGCACACAGCAUAUACACAUCGAUGGAAGGUCCUUAUACUGAGACUGAAAGUUUUGAAGCAGUACUUGAUGCAGAUUGCCAGCUUGAACAGGGCCAUGACGAUCUGCUUUCGGGUUGGAACCGGUGCCAACCUGCGAUAGGUGCAACAUCAGGACCAAUAUUACAGUCAUAUCAGAACAGCAACUGCUCCCUUUUGAGUAUUUAAUUGUGAAAUUAAAAUGACAGUAAGGUGGCUAAUUUCAAUUAAUUGUCCCAAUAAUCUCCCAAUUUUACCAAAAAUGGAGGAAAAAAAUUGGGAACAUCUGGGAAGCGAAUUGGCGAUAAACACACAUUUCUGAAUGGAAACGCUUCAGGGCAUUUCUUUUGAGAUAAACCAAAACUUUUAUGCACGACGUCAUCACGCACACAAUUUUUAUCGAUAAAAGGCCAAUUGAAUGGAAACGAGCAAAAGGCAGCAAAUGUCCCAAUUUUAUUUUCCGCAUUUUCACUUUGUCGAUAACAAAAUUAGUAGAGAAAAAUUAGUGGUGCUUUUCCAUGUAAAGCU